AUGGCGACGGCUCUGGUGCGGUGUCCGCAGGCGGCGGCCUCCAAGGUCGCCAUUAUGGAGCGGGUCCAGGUAGGCUGGAUCCGCGCCGGGGUGGUGGUGCUGCCCGCUCGCGCGGCCUCAUGCUUCAGGUGUCGGGAGUGGGCGAUGGUGACCGAGGGCUACAACUUGUGCUGGACCGCCGUCAAAGGGGGGAGAACAGGGGGUCCCCCCCUCAGUUGGGCUCUCAGACAACUCGACUCUUACAUGUUCCGGGCGGCCAUCCUCGCGGCCGACUGGCAUCUGGACGAGAUGUCAGGGGCGCCCCUACAAGCAGACACUCGGGAAGAUCCGUCCGUGGGCGCCCCCGCUAACGGAGUCGCUAGAUCCCCAGGACCUGGACGAGCUCCUCAACACCCUCUUCUCGAGGGUGGAGGGGGGCCCCCCGAAAAAAACCCCCCCAGAAGAUGGGGGUGGACCGAGGACCCGGGGUGUCAGUCCGGAGGAGCUCGCCAGUGCCAGGAAGAGGCUGGGGGCAGGGGUAAAGCCCCCUGCCCCGACAGCAUUCCUGGCUGCGCCUGGGCCCUCGCCCUCGGCGAUCGGAACAUGUCCGAAGCCACGAGGGGUGUGAUGAACGGGUGCCUCAGGGACGGGGUUUUCCCCCCAGAGUGGAGGAGGGCCAAAUUAGUCCUCCCGAAGGUGAGCAAAACACCCAAUGGACCGCCGGCCUACAGGCUAAUUUGCCUGCUGGACGAGGCGGGCAAGAUGCUGGAGCGCAUCAUUGCAGAGCGCUUCGUCCAGCAUCUGUCCUCAAAUGGGCCGGACUUCCACGACAGGCAAUACGAGUUCAGACCCGGACGAUCGACGCUGCAUGUGAUCCAGCAUGUCCGGGACCUGACCCAUGCCGUUAUGGAGGAGAGGGGCGGUGUCUUUUUGGCGAUAUCCUUGGAUAACCGGCGCCUUCAACACCCUGCCGUGGCCGGAGAUUGCGCGGGCGCUGCAGCACAACCGAGUGCCUGCCUAUCUCCGGCGCAUCCUCGCGGCCUAUUUUGGGGGCAGGGACCUCGUCUAUUCGGUUCAGGGCGGAGUCCAGGGCCGGCGGUUGACGGACCGCGUGGUAGCCGGGAAGGAGAGCUGAGGGAGGCCCGCUUCAAAGCGGAGGUGGCUCUGGCGACGGUAGUGGGCACUAUUAGCGAACUGGGUCUAAAGGUGGCGCCCAACAAGACGGAGGCCGUCUUCUUUCACGACGGUAGCCGUAGGGCGCCAACGCAGACCCGGGUCUUGGUGGACGGAGUCCGCGCCCGCGUCGGGCCCACGAUAAAGUAUCUGGGCCUGACGCUGGACGGCCGGUGGGACUUCAGGGCCCACUUUAGUGACCUGGCCCCCCGGGUCAGAAAGGCAGGCUGGAACGCGCGCCACCUGUAUGUGGGAGUGGUCCUCUCGAUCGCCCUCUAUAGGGCGCCAAUAUGGGCGCCCCAGUUGCUGGGUAUCGCCCAAGGUAAAAGCCUGAUGCAUCAAGCGCUGAGGGCGGUGGCUGUGAGGGCGAUUCGGGAGUACCGCUCCAUAGCAUACAUGAAGGCAACGACUCUGGUCGGCUCCCCCCUGGUGGAGCUCCUUGCAGAGGAGAGGAGUGUCCUCUACUGGAGAACCAAGCUCUGCGAAAGGGGGGAGGCAACGGCCAGGGAAUUAACGGCCCUGAAGUCUCAGGUGGUUGCUCGGACACUGCAGCGGUGGGAGGACGCGAUGUCCUCCCCGCGGGAGUUCGGGCGACUAACGACGAUGGCCGUCCGCCCCUGCCUGGCGGAAUUCACAGGCAGGAGGAGGCGCGGACUCAAUUAUCAUCUGGUGCAGGUAAUGACCGGACACGGAUGUUUCGGUCAUUACCUGCACCGGAUUAAGAAAGAGCCCACUACCGGGUACCACCACUGCCCGGAGCCGGAUGACGCCGAGCAUCACACCUUGUCCGAAUGCCCAGCAUGA